AUGCCAUACAAUGAGGUGACCCCGCGCACCACGCUCAGAAAGAAUUACAAAGAUCCGGCCACAUGGCCCAAAGCGCUACAUGGGUUUAUAUCUGCGUCUUUCAAAAAAGCGUCGGAACUAAAGCUCACUCCCGACAAGAAGAAACAAUUUCAGGCGGAACUCAAAGAACUAAUCAACAUGGCCAUAGAUCAGGGGAAGAUCGAGACAAAUCCAUGGGAAACCCAAACAUUGCCUUCUCUAGGGGGCUCCCAAAAAUUGGAUCUUUAUUGCAACCAGGUGGAGGAGGCGCGGAAACAAAAAGUAUAUAAGGAGCCCGUUCAGGUUUCAGUAAAACAAACGAUCAAGAACAAAAAUGUUUUCGAUGAGCCGGAUGGGCAACCUAGUCAUUCUGCACUCCCUCCUCUCAAGAAAAUGAAGAAGAUUCAAAAAAACAACGAAAACGCAUUGACUUCGCAGCAGCGCAAAGAGCUUCGAAGCCAGCGAUUCGAAAAAGAACUCAGCACUCCGCCUCCAGACCAUAGUCCCACUCCGGUGCACACUAACCCUAACACUCCGCUUGUAGGAACAUGCAAGGAAUUGGAAAAACGGUAUUUAAGACUAACAUCACAGCCCAACCCAGCAACCGUCAGACCACUUCCAAUUCUGAAAAAGACACUGCAGCUGCUGAUCGAUAAAUAUCUCCAGAACGCUACUUAUAACUACCUGUGUGAUCAGUUCAAAUCCAUGAGACAAGACCUGACUGUGCAGCAUAUUAAAAACGCAUUUACGAUAAAGGUUUACGAGUUUCACUGCAAAAUAGCGAUCCAGUUCCAAGACCUCGGAGAGUUCAACCAAUGUCAGUCACAGCUCAAGCUACUCUACGUCCAGCUGGGAACUCCUUCAGCAGAAUUCUACUCGUAUCGUGUUCUCUACUACAUCCUAACAAACAAUUUCAACGAGGCAUUUGAGCUCAAGUCUCAGCUCCUGGACGCAAACCUUAAAUUUGACGAAUACCUUGACACAGCAUACAAACUCUUGGAGUACACAAUGACCAACGACUAUAACCAAUUUUUCCGUAUAGUCAAACUUUUGCAGGAGAAACACCAGGAAGAGCUAAAAACACUGCAACCCGUCUCCCAUGUAAACGUACUUACAGACAAAAACGCACUAAAGCUAAAUCACACCGCCUGGUUUUUUUUCUUGCAGCUGCUACAGCCAAUUAUCUCUAAAGUGCGUAUCAAUUCAUUGGCAACAAUCAGCAAAUCGUACCGCAAAUUGGCCGUCGCUGUGGUGCAACAGCUGCUCAAUUUCUCUGAUUCCGAGCUGAACGAGUAUCUUGCACAAACAAAACUGGACCAGUUCGUGGACCAGGGAAUGCUGGACUGCGUCCAGUGCCGACCAACGGUAGAGCACCUCAAGAGCCAGAAUAGAAAAAUAGAUAUCAAGGGACAGGUCUAG